AGGACCCCCACCAGUCCCCGGACCCCAGUUUUGGAACCACCGGUUUUAAGCCAUCCCUCUCUGCAGGCUCCAUGCUACUAUUGUCUGACAAGAGAGCGGGCUAUUUGCAAAAUAAAGGUCCUCUACUACCCCACGUCUUAGCCUCUAUGUGGGCUGAUGCAUAGAGGCAGGCUGGGUUUCACCGUGCAGCGGGAAGGAGCGGGGUUUAUCAGCGGUACUCCUGUUGUGUUUUCCCCGCGGACAGCUUCUGCUUCUCGGCGGUCGGAUGCUGGAAGUCCUCCCCGAUAAGAGAGCACGUAGGGCUCGCAGAGAAAAAGAAAACUGGGACGCGGAAGGAAGGAGAGACAGGGGAGCAUUUUAAUACCAAAUCGGGACACAUGUUGAGCUAACAGCCCGCUCCACCUCCCCCUUCUCCUCCCAAAUGCAUUUGUUGCCUCAAUCGCGUUCCCGUUACUAAAUCGUUAGGAUAUCUGCUCUCCGGAUCCACGGAUCUUCACUCCGGGACGAUCUCGAUCAUGGAUCUCAGUAAAAUUGCUGUCAGCAUCAAUAAGGCCAUCAACACACAGGAGGUCGCUGUCAAAGAGAAGCAUGCCAGGACCUGCAUCUUGGGGACCCAUCAUGAGAAAGGGGCCCACACUUUCUGGGCAGCGGUCAACCGGCUGCCCCUCUCCAGCAAUGCCGUGCUCUGCUGGAAGUUCUGCCACGUCUUCCACAAGCUGCUGCGAGACGGCCAUCCCAGCGUGAUAAAGGACUCCAUGAGGAACAAGGCUGAUCUAACUGAUAUGAGCCGGAUGUGGGGUCACCUGAGUGAAGGCUAUGGGAAGCUGUGCAGCAUCUACCUCAAACUGCUCAUCACCAAAAUGGAGUUCCACAUCAAAAACCCUCGUUUCCCUGGCAACCUGCAGAUGUCGAACAGACAGCUGGACGAGGCGGGAGAAAACGACGUUAACAACUUCUUCCAGUUGACGGUGGAGAUGCUUGACUACCUGGAGUGCCAGCUCAAUCUCUUCCUGGGCGUGUUCAGCUCUCUGGACAUGUCUCGCUCGGUGUCGGUGACGGCGGCGGGGCAGUGUCGCCUGGCCCCCCUCAUCCAGGUGAUCCUGGAUAGCAGCCACCUGUACGACUACACCGUCAAGCUGCUGUUCAAGCUGCACUCCUGCCUUCCAGCAGACACUCUCCAGGGACACAGAGAUCGCUUCCAGGAACAGUUUAAGAAGUUAAAGAGUCUCUUCUACCGCUCCAGUAAUCUGCAGUUCUUCAAGAGGCUGAUUCAGAUCCCACAGUUGCCUGAGAACCCUCCCAACUUCCUGCGUGCGUCGGCUCUGUCGGAGCACAUCAGCCCCGUGGUGGUGAUCCCCGCCGAGUCAUCGUCCCCCGAGUCGGAGCACGUGGUGGAGACAGAUGACCUGGUGGACAUGGACGUCCCUGUAAUGCCGGCUCCUUUGGAGACGAAGUUUGAUGACCUUUUUGGCACCACGGCUGCAGUCGACCCUUUCAACUUCAGUCAGAACGGCAUGCGCAAAGAUGACAAAGAUCGUCUGAUUGAACAGCUGACGAGAGAGAUCCAGGCCCUAAAAGAAGAGCUUGAGUCUUUCCGACUGGAGAGUGGUCGCUUGUGCCAGGCGCUGAGGGGACGUGUCAGUGAGCUGGAGGCGGAACUUGCGGAGCAGAGCCACCUGAGGCUGCAGGCGGCAGGAGAGAGCGAGUUCCUGAAGGCAGAGCUGGACGACCUGCGGAGGGUCCGAGAGGACACGGAGAAGGAGCAGCGGAGCCUGACGGAGAUAGAGAAAAAAGCUCAGGCCAAUGAGCAGCGCUACACCAAACUGAAGGAGAAGUACUCAGAGCUGGUUCAGAGUCAUGCAGACCUGCUGAGGAAGAACGCGGAGGUGACCCGGCAGAUGACGGUGGCUCAGGCGGCUCAGGAUGAAGUGGAUGAAGUGAGGAGAGAGAUGCAAGAGAAAGUGAAGGCCGCUCAGGACAUCGCAGAAAAACAGGAGAAGGAGCAGCUGGAGCAGCUUCAGGAUCUGCAGAGAGAGCUGCUUUCCAGCCGGACGGAGCUGGACUCCCUGAAGACGACCGUGGGCUCAACACAACAGGCUUCGAGUGAAGUUCUCGGCACCCAGCUGGUCGCCCUGGAGUCUGAGAAGGCGGAGCUUGUGCAGUCUUUGUCGAAGGUGGAGGCAGAGCUAGCUGUGCAGGGGGAGGAGCUGGAGAAAGUCCAGAGCUCGCUGGGGACUGAGAGGGAGAGCGGGGUGAAGGCAGCCGAAACGCUGCAGAAUCAGCUCAAUGAGAAGGAGAGCAGGGAGCAGGCGUUGGAGAGCCAGCUGGUGGCGGCGCGCUGGUCCGGCCUGCAGGGAGCUCUGGAGGAGGCAGAGAGGAUCAUCACAGACUCACUGGCUCAGAUCAACGACCCGGCACACAUCAGCUGCACCAGCUCCGCAGACUACCUAGCAUCCAGAUGUCAGGCCUCUUUAGUUUGUAUGGACAGACUCCACUCUGCCAGAGAGGCCUUCCUGGCUGACAACACAGGUGUAUCUGAGCUGGUUCGAGUGGUGACCCAGUGUGGCCACCUGGUGGGAGACACCAUCGUUCAGGGCAGCGCCACCUCCCACAUGGUGCCUGUGGAGCAAGCUGAUGCCCUGUCAGAGAGUGUGAAGUUGUGCGGCGCUGAAGCUCUGGACCUGCUGGGCCUGAUGAAGCAGAGGGACAGCCUGACGGCAGCAGACAGCAGCAGGCUGAAGGCCGCUCUGGAGGCCAUCCUGGCCGCUGCAGAGAAACUGCGUCCUCGGGGGUUGGAGCUGCAGCAGGGGGAGCUGGGAGAUAUGGUGGAGCAGGAAAUGUCUGCCACCUCUGCUGCUGUGGAGUCUGCUGCUGCCAGGAUAGAGGAAAUGCUCAACAAGUCUCGAGCAAGUGAUACGGGAAUCCACAUGGAAGUCAAUGAGAGGAUUCUGGCGUCCUGCACGGAGCUGAUGCAGGCGAUCAAGCAGCUCGUUGUCUCUUCCAAAAAUCUGCAAAGGGACAUCGUGGAAAGCGGCAGGGGGGCAGCCUCCAUGAAGGAAUUUUAUGCCAAGAACUCCCGCUGGACUGAGGGCCUGAUCUCUGCCUCCAAAGCAGUGGGAUGGGGCGCCACUGUCAUGGUAGAUGCUGCUGAUCUGGUGGUGCAGGGCAAAGGGAAGUUUGAGGAGCUGAUGGUGUGUUCACAUGAAAUAGCUGCCAGCACAGCACAGCUAGUGGCUGCAUCCAAGGUGAAAGCAGACAAAGACAGCGUUAACCUGCAGCGCCUCCAGCAGGCGUCCCGCGGCGUCACACAGGCGACUGCAGCCGUCGUGGCCUCCACCAAGUCUGGGAAGUCCCAGAUCGAAGAGAAAGAUACGAUGGACUUCUCCAGCAUGACUCUCACACAGAUCAAAAGACAAGAGAUGGAUGCGCAGGUUCUGGUUCUGGAGCUGGAGACCCGUCUGCAGAAGGAGCGCGAGCGACUCGGCGAGCUGAGGAAGAAACAUUACGAGCUGGCGGGGGUAGCAGAGGGCUGGGGCGAUGGAGAGGAAGUGACAGGUUGAGACCAGGGUCGAACUCCCUCCACCACCAGAAGACCGGCUUCUGCCUGCCUUUCUAUUUAUACACCCUUCACUCUCUUUCUCCCUUGUUUUAUUCUCUCUUUUUUGUUUGUUUAUCUCUAAGCCAAAUUAAAAGGUGCUUCUUUUUUCUAAACCUACUUCUCCACCCAUGUCCAAAAGCUUCCAUAAGGGACGGAACCAAGGGUGCAGCGAUGGGCGGUGUCAAAGGGAGGAACAAGAGGAUGUUACUGUUGCCUCUCCCCCAGGACUGUGUUGGUGCAAAGCGUUGGAAGUGAAGUGGAUCCCAGUAUUUAUUGUCUUUUUCUUCGCCGGUUCUAAAUAACGGCGCUCCAACAAAAGGAGGAGAAGCUACGAGCACAAGUUCCCACUCAAGACAUCCCAGGAUGCUCUGCACAACCUUUCAGCAGUGAGAGUGGACAUCAGUGACUGUUCUGCACCAGCCCCCAAAUCAUGUCUCUGUGCUACAUAGAUGGCAUGCAUGCUCUCGUACUAAAACACGUGUUUUAAAGCUGUGGGAGCCUGAGCUGCUCUUUACAUGUCUUUAUCUUCCUCCCUAGUUUCUUCCUAUUCUUUUCACACUGUGAGUUAUCACCGUAUUAAGUCCAUACCACUUCACUGGCUGGUUUACUGGACUUUCUGCCUUUCACCUCUCCACCAUUGUAACGACCGUGACUGUUUACCCGAGCAGACCUCUGGUUUUUUAUUCUUCUUCUCACAGACGCUUGCAUGGAAACUCUUUAAAAAAUGCUCUAAACUGGGAAAGGUUUCAGAAAAGGAAAAUAUAUUUUUCUUCUUUUCCUUAUGAGCGCUGAGACUGCCAACAACCUCUUCAGCGUCAGAGGUGUAACAAUGAGAGAAUCUGUCAAACACUAAAAACAAUGGGGUCGUUUUUUUCAUUUCCCAUUUUUUACCGGUUCCAGUGGAUAGUGAGAGGAAAAACCCAUUUUUAUAUAUCGAGAAAAAGCAACAACAGCUCAAGUCUGUCAGCAAAAGCAAACAAUGUAUUAUACAGUUUAAGAUCCAUAUUGAUGCAUAUUUUUACAAAUAUCCUCGAUGAAACAGUGAAUUUGCUCCUGUGGGUAUUGUCCACAGUACAUGACCGUUACAUAUAUGAUAUGUGUGUAAUGUGUAUUUGUAAAGCACUUUGAGCAUCUGGAAAAAGCGCUAUAAUAAAUGUAAGGAAUUAUUAUUAUUAUUAUUAUUAUUAUAAGAAAUCAGUCACAGAAGCAGCAGUUCUGGAGGGGGUUUUCUGACAGUUUGCUAACCAGGACGUUCGCUUGGUUACAUCCAUGGACAUUGCAGUCGAGCGAGCGUUCUCCCAGAGAGGAUGUUAAACCGAGAGAGGAAAUCAGCAGGAGCCCCAAAAGGAAAUCCUCAGAAGUUGGAUUGGUGAACUUGAAUGUUUUGGGACAGUAGAGGCUGCACAAAUCUAUGAAAUGUUUUAUCCGGCUAAUCAUAUGAUCAUGCCUCUUCACAUGCCCUGUAGGACUGAUGGUUAAGUGCAGUUUUCAACGAUCCUUCAUUAUCUAACUGUCACAAUGGACUCAAAGUGUGCGGCACAGUGACUGCAGUGUUUUCAAUCGCCUCCUAAUUACCAAGUAGCUGUGUAUAUAAACUACAGGCCUUCUAAGGUUGGGAAUAAUCUUUUGCUUACUUUCAAUCUAAAAGCAUUACUGUUUUGCAUCGCUCCAAGUAAGGAUUCAGAUUAAUUUAAUUAAGGAUACAAAGAUGGUGCACACGAAGGCCACCGGGGGAGAGAGAGAGAGAGAGAGAGGUUGUUAUUUCACAGAUUUUCCAGAGACUGAUGGACUGAAUGGACUGUGAUCAUGCCUUUGUGUAAACCAUGAGAUGAGUUGGCAUCUGUUUUAACCUUAUUUUCUUUGUUCCGUUUAAUGACAGCCAUGAUGAUUCUCUUGGAGUUUGUCUCUGUGUGUCUUAACUUACUUUGUUACGGCACUCUGCUUCAGCUGUCUAACUUUUUUUUUUAAAGUUACUUGCGGGAGCAGAUUAAUGAAUCAGAAGUGUUUUAUUAGCCAACUUUAUUUUGUUCCCCCAUUUAGAUAAUACUAUUUCUCUAAGCAGGUUAAAACAAACAAGUAUUAUUGGCGGUACUCCUGGGUUCACAUCUAUUUAAUAAUGAUUUUAAAUGUUUUUUUGUCACUUCGUCCACACCUGGUUAGCUGAUUUUGUAAACAUUUGGAAUACAAAACAAAAAAGAUACCAUUAAAGAAGGAGAUCACUUUCUUUACAGUAUUUAAAGUGUAUCAAAAGGUGAAUUGAACGCACCUAAAGUGAUGUUUGGUUGUGUUUUGGCCCAGAUAUUGGUUGCUAACCUCUCUGUGUCUCCUCUCUGGUGUCUGUAGUGCUCCAGCUCAGCCAGCCUUUCAAACUGCCUCACACUGUAGUCAAAGAGAAACAAAUACUCACAUAGCAACAUUGAAAUAUGUCUUUGUAUGAUAUACUAAAACUAUGUUGGUGGGUUUGUUUUUAUUUUUUCAGUUUUUAAAAUAAAUAUUUCAACUCGUUAAUACAGAA